UUAGGCAAUGAAAUGAAAUCUUUCCUUAAUAAAUAAUCCUUUACGGAGAAAAAAUGGCGUUUGUUUUCAACAAAACAUUGCUUCCUAAUUUACUGUCUACCCAAUCAAUUCGAAACAAUUUAUUUAAAUGUUAUCUUUCAACUCAUUGUGUUUGGCAAAUUGAUGGUUUCUCCAAUGAUUUAUCGGAUUGUCUUAAAUUUCGAUCUAAUGUUACUACACCAACCAUUCGAUCCCCAGAUGAAGUGUUGGUCUCUGUUAAAGCUUCCAGUGUAAACCCUUUAGAUGUCUUAAUGUGUAAAGGAUAUGGUAAUGAGUUAUUGGAAAAGAUUGAUUUUGCCACUCAAUGCAAGGCUCCUGUCAUUUCUUAUGACCGCUUCCCAUUGACAUUAGGUCGUGAUUUUAGUGGUAUUGUGGUCGAUAAAGGAUCUCAGGUUACAUCAGUUGAUAUUGGUGAUGAAGUUUGGGGAGCAAUUCCUCCCUACAGUCAAGGAACUCAUGGCCAAUAUGCAAUUGCUAAGGAUUCACAGAUGACGAAGAAACCUAGAAACUUGGACUUUGUUGAGGCCGCGUCUUUGCCGUAUGCUGCACUAACUGCUCUUGCUGCUAUAAAAACUUUCGGAGGCUUAAGUGAAUCAAACUGUGUUGGUAAAAGAAUAUUAGUCCUUGGAGGAUCUGGCGGUGUUGGAACCAUUGCCAUUCAGAUAUUGAAACAUUGGGGAGCCUAUGUAGCAACAACAUGCUCUUCAGAUGCCGUCCCUUGGAUUCAAGAGCUUUUCGAUGUUGACCAAACCAUAGACUAUCGAUCAAAUGAAUUAUCUGGAUCUGCGCAAUCGUUUGAUUAUGUUUUUGACUUUGCUAAACGGAGUGAUCGCUCGUCUAUCGAUCCUGAUGCAUUUAAAUGUUUAAAAAAAAAGUUAACAUGUUCUUAUGUCACCGUAUCAUCUCCAUUACUUCGAACCAUUGACGAGAAAGGUCUUCUUCUGGGUCUGACGUACAAUUUACUCCAAGCAUCUCGUGAUACAAUCAAUGGAAUAACCGAAGGACGAACUGUCAGAUGGGCUUUCUACCAUCCUAGUCUAAGUGGCCUUCUAAUUUUAAAGAAAUUGGUCGAGGAAGAAAGAAUUAAACCAAUCGUCCAAAAAACUUUCAACUUUGAUCAAUUACCCAAAGCUUAUAUUAAUGUUCAAGAUGGUCAUUUAAGAGGUAAAACAGUUAUUCAAAUUCAAUGAUCCAAAAUAAUUUGAUUCAGGUAUUAAAUACAAAAAAUUUCCAAUUUAAUACAAAACAUGUUAAAAUUUUGUUCUCCGGGUUUUCUUGUCAUGUAAACUUUUAAUUAAAAGAAUAAUUAAAUUGUUU